CAAUGGUUAUCCUAUCUAACGUGUCAAUUGACGUAUUUCCGAUCACGGACCUGGCAACCCAAGAGAGAACAGGAAGUUACCCGACCGGACUCAAAGACAACACACCGAGUCAAACUGUGGAAACUUCAGAGGGAAAUAAGAACAUUUCUGGACAAACUCCGCGACUUGUACGACUCUCAGGUCGACAUCUGAUGAACUAAAGCGGUUAUAUUCUGGGAAGGAGCGCAGAUAUUCUUGUUCUGUCAGCGUUUAUAAAAAAAACACAGUGUUGUCCGCUCACUCCAUUAACACAGACUACGCCGUCAUGGGAGCGUGACGUGUUUGGUGUUAGUUUACAGUCGUGUUAAAAUGAUUGUUGUGUUGUAAAACCAAUAAGAUGUCAGUUGUUUUUGGUUGUGUCCCGUGACAACAUGUCCGCCCUGUUGAAGUACAUCAAGGAGAUACAGCGGGAGGUGACGGAGGUAGGACGUCACUACCCACUUUUCUGCUUCCUGCUGGUCUCCAUGGCGACGGCGACGCUGCUGCUCAACAGGUACCUCCACAUCCUGAUGCUCUUCUGGUCCUUCCUGGCUGGUCUGGUCACCUUCUACUGCUCCCUGGGACCAGAGUCUCUGCUCCCAAACGUCCUGUUCACCAUAAAGUCCAGAACCAAACAGGAACAGGAGCAGGAACUGUUUCCUCUUGGCCACUGCUGUGCUGUCUGUGGUAAAGUCAAGUGUAAACGGCACAGGCCAACACUGCUGCUGGAAAACUUUCAGCCAUGGCUGGACCUGAAGCUGCAUUCUAAGGUGGACGCCUCGAUUGCAGAGAUCUUUGAGUUGGUGCUGGAGAACUUUGUGUAUCCCUGGUACAGGGACAUCACAGACGACGAGGCGUGUGUUGACGAACUGAGGACAACAUUUCGCUUCUUGGCCUCCGUGCUGGUCCGUCGAGCUCAGAAGGUGGACAUCCCUGCCGUUGUGGCAGACAAAGUGCUGAAAGCUGCAAUGAAACACAUCGAAAUUAUUGCAAAAGCUGAAGCAAAAGUGAAGGAGGUGGAGAGUUUACAGCAGGCGGCGCUGGAGGAGUACGGCUCCUCUCUGCACGUGGCUCUGCGCAGCAGAAUGGACGAGCUGCAAUACCUGCGAAAACUAACGGAGGCGCUGUUUCCUUACCUGAUGCCACCCAAAGCUACAGACUGCAGGUCUCUGGCUCUGCUGCUCCGUGAGGUGAUGGCCGGUUCUGUCUUCCUGCCUACGAUGGACUUCAUUGCCGACCCAGACACAGUGAACCACAUGGUGCUCAUCUUUGUUGACGACACUCCACCCGAAGAAGCCACUGAGCCUCUGUCCGCCCUCGUCCCGUUUCUACAGAAGUACGCUGAUGUCACCAACAAGAAGUCGUCUGUUCUGCAGCUGGAGCUGAAGCAGAUCCGGAACCAGCAGGAUCUUCUCUUUCGAUUCAUGAACUUUCUGAAGCAGGAAGGAGCCGUGCACGUGCUGCAGUUCUGCCUGGCUGCAGAGGAGUUCAACGACAAGAUCCUGAGUCCGGAGCUGAGCGACUCAGAGCUGCAGCGUCUGCACGCUGAGGUGCUGCACAUCUACCAGACCUACUGCCUGGACGAGAGCGUGGACAAGAUCAGCUUCGACCCCUUCAUAGUGGAGGAGAUCAGGAACAUUGCCGAGGGUCCGUACGGUGACGUGGUGAAGCUGCAGACCAUGCGCUGCCUGUUCGAGGCGUACGAACACGUCCUGUCUCUGCUGGAGAACGUCUUCACGCCCAUGUUCUGUCACAGCGACGAGUAUUUCAGGUAUCUGCUGAGAGGAGCCGAGUCUCUGAACAAAAACUCCAAAAUCAACAGGAACACCAUCAAAAGAGGGGAGACAUUAAGUAUCAGCAGAAUUGGAAGCAAAAUUAAAGGCGUGUUCCGAAGCACGACAAUGGAGGGCGCUAUACUCCCGCCCAGCACCAUGGCUGAUAUGGAGGACGACGUGGUGGAGGAGGCCACUGUGGUGGUGGAGGAUGAUUCUCCUGCGGAGCCAGUGAGUGCAGCCGGGAGCCUGAGGAACCUGUCGGCAUGGAGCAUCAUCAUACCGUACGUGGACAUCUGUGAGGACGAGGUGAAGAGGGAGAAGACCCCUGUGUUCUGCAUCGACGUGGAGCGUAACGACAGGAAAGAAGGUCACGACCCAGAGCACUGGUCGGUUUACAGGAGAUACCUGGAGUUCUACGUUCUGGAAUCCAAGCUGACAGAGUUCCACGGAACCUUUGCAGAUGCCCAGCUCCCCUCCAAACGAAUCAUCGGACCAAAGAAUUACGAGUUUCUUGUUUCCAAGAGGAAAGAGUUUGAGGAAUAUCUGCAGAACCUGCUCCAGCACCCAGAGCUCAGUAACAGUCAGCUGUUGGCCGACUUCCUGUCUCCUCACAGUGUGGAGUCUCAGUUUCUGGACAAGAUGCUUCCAGACGUCAACCUGGGAAAGAUUUUCAAAUCUGUUCCAGGAAAACUGAUGAAGGAGAGAGGUCAGAACCUGGAGCCUUUCAUCCAGAGCUUCUUUAACUCCUGUGAGUCGCCCAAACCCAAACCCAGUCGCCCAGAACUGAUCAUCCUCAGUCCCACGGCCGAGAACAACAAGAAGUGUUCACUGUCUUCUCAGCUCUACAACACUCUGUUCAAAAACAACGCUAACCUGCCAGGAAGUCCUCACCUGGGACGGGACCAGGAGGAGAAGAACCAGGAGGAGAAGAACCAGGAGGAGAAGAACCAGGAGGAGAAGAACCAGGAGGAGAAGAACCAGGAGGAGCUGCCUCCUGUUCAGGGCAUGUACGACUACUUGAUGUACGUGGGUCGGGUGGUGUUCCACAUGUCAGACUGUCUUCACCACGUCCUGGCUGCUGGACGGAUCCUCUUCAAGAACACUCUGGAGGUCUACACGGACCAGUGUCUUCAGACCAAACUGGAGCAGAUUCUGCAGGAGCACCGUCUGGUGUCGCUCAUCACUCUGCUCCGAGACGCGAUUUUCUGCGAGAACAGUGAAAAAAGAUCUGCGGAGGAGAAAGAGGCGCGAGCAAAGAAGACGUUUGAAGAGAUGAUGAAGUAUCUACCAGUUGUUUCUCUGUGUUUUCCAGACUUUGUGGAGAAGUUCGUCGGUGAGGAGGCCAAAUACAACGGGAUCCGACUCCUGUUCGAUGGGCUACAACAGCCGCUGCUCAACAAACAGAUGACGUACGUCCUGCUGGACAUUACGGUGCAGGAGCUGUUCCCUGAAAUCAGCACGAGGGGGGCACCAGAGGCCAACCGUGUGACCUGAUCAUGGGCGACCCCAACUGUAAAGUGCAAUCAUUUAAAACUACAUUCCACUGUCUGUGUACAAAGAGAUGAUGAAAAUAAAUAUUUAUACAUGUCUUUGAAGGCAA